CCGUGUUCCAAUCCCGGUGUAGGCGGCGAUGGCGGCGGCCUCCUCCUCGUCCGCGGAGGCGGGGGGCUCCGGGGCCCGGGAGGAGGCCGAGGAGACGGCGGGGCCCGGCUGGAGCGAGUCGCAGUUCCGCCGUUACAGCUUCCGGACGCAGCCCAUCCCCCGGCUCAGCCACAGCGACCCCCGCGCCGAGGAGCUGAUCGAGAACGAGGAGCCAGUGGUCCUGACAGAUACAAACUUGGUGUAUCCCGCCCUGAAGUGGGACCUGGACUACCUCCAGGAGAACAUUGGCAAUGGGGAUUUCUCAGUGUAUAGCGCCAGCACAUACAAGUUUUUGUACUAUGAUGAGAAGAAAAUGGCCAAUUUCAAGAACUUCAAACCCAAGUCGAACAGGGAAGAGAUGAAGUUUAGUGAGUUUGUGGAGAAACUCCAGGAAAUACAGCAGAAAGGGAGUGGUGAGAGGUUGUAUCUGCAGCAGACUCUGAAUGACACUGUUGGAAGGAAGAUUGUAGUGGAUUUCCUGGGCUUUAACUGGAACUGGAUUAACAAGCAGCAAGGGAAGCGUGGCUGGGGGCAACUGACUUCCAACUUGCUGCUUAUUGGCAUGGAAGGGAAUGUGACACCAGCUCACUAUGAUGAGCAGCAGAACUUCUUCGCUCAGAUUAAGGGCUACAAGCGGUGUAUCCUGUUCCCGCCAGAUCAGUUUGAAUGCCUCUAUCCUUACCCUGUGCAUCAUCCAUGUGACAGGCAGAGCCAGGUGGACUUUGAUAAUCCUGACUAUGAGAAGUUUCCCAAUUUCCAGAACGUGGUUGGCUAUGAGACAGUGGUUGGUCCGGGUGAUGUGCUCUACAUCCCUAUGUACUGGUGGCAUCACAUUGAGUCUCUGCUGAAUGGGGGAACCACCAUCACUGUGAACUUCUGGUACAAGGGUGCACCCACCCCAAAGAGAAUUGAGUAUCCCUUAAAGGCUCAUCAGAAAGUGGCGAUAAUGAGGAACAUUGAGAAGAUGCUGGGAGAGGCCCUGGGAAACCCACAAGAGGUGGGUCCCCUGUUGAACAUGAUGAUUAAGGGUCGAUAUGACUAGUCCCUGGCCACCUGGGUGACUGACGGUGGAGCUGCUUCGUUCACGAGUAAUGGAAGAUACUGAGCGCUAGUAUUGCACGCAGCACUUAAGACUGAUGGGCUCCUGGCCCAUCUCUGUCCCGUUCCACAACAAUUAAGGGGACUACUGGAACUGCAAAACCAUUAGCCCACCUCCUUCCCCCUUCCCUCACUGUCAUCCAACUGAAUCUCCCAAGAAAGAACCUGCACUUAGUGAGCAAGAAUCCAGCUUCCAAUAAGUGUGUGUUCCCCUGUCCGCCAAGAUGAGGAAUGUGGUGUCUGGCACUCGAAUGCUUUCCUUCUUUGGAUUUUAAUGUAAAGUAUUGAAAGAACAGUUUGGAAGGGAGCCAGGAGUGGUCUUGUUUCCUCAGGCCCAGUGGCUGGGUUUCUGUGAUGGUGCCGGCAGUGGACGCAGUACCCCUGAAAUCUGGGACAGUCAGUCGGAUAGCAGGAAGCCUUAGGUUCUAUGAUCCUGUUGUGUUAGAGGUCUUGUCCUUGCUGGGUCCUGGCACCGUCGGACAGCAGGAAUGAGCAUGUGAUGACUUGUUUGAGGAGAAACUGGAAAGAUGGUUUGGAAACCGCUCUGCCCCCCGCCAAGAUGCAGUGCUCGGGGUAUUGGGAGCUUGGUACCUAGCAGGGUGAUCAAGUUGAAUCCAUACAGUGUGUGUGCACACAACGCCACCCUUUGAGUCCUGCCUCUGUCAGAUGGGUCACAGGAAACCUCCUCUCUCCCGUUUACAGCAUAGCUCUUUGAGGAGUGAAGGUCUCCCUCUUUUCUCUAAAGCUGCAGCGUGGUUAGAAGUAUAUGUAAUAUGGUGAGGAAGACCGACAUUGAGGGCACUCACCAAGUCUCCCACGAUGGAGCCAUGUCAAAAUUGAUCUCCUGGGGUCCUGAGACUGAUGAAUGCCCAGUUAAAAUCAGCUUCCCUUUUCUCCACCAGGGGGUGCCGGCUUCCUGGACAAAACACAGAAAGUGCCCUUUACUGAUUAACUCUGUGUGUUAUGUUGUGAGGCUGUUGUAUUUCUCCCUUCCUUGUUUGGUCACAUGGGGAGGCGGGGAACUGUUUCAUACCUGUGUUCAUUUUGUUUGUAUCCUUUGUGUUCUCAUACUUGGCCCAGCAGUUUUCAGAAUGAGAAGAGAGAAGCUACAGGAGCAGCAGAACUUCCUUUUAGAGUCCUGGCAGUUGCCCUGAAACACCAGCAUGCCUUCCUAGUCCUUUUCGUUGCAGAGCCUUCCAAACUCACAUGGAGCCUUGCCUUGCCUUGCCUUGCACUGCUCUGCUGUUCCUGGGGGGGAAACUUGUGUACUGAACACAAUUGUAAUUCUUCAUCAAGAUUAGAGAAGCUGGCUUGGAUUCCAUCUAAUUCACCCUGCUGACCAGGGAAGGCUGUUCGCUUCACUAUGUUUCCUAGUGCUUUGUCUCCUUGCCUGCUUGGGGCUGAUUGUGACGUUUGGGUUUCUGUGAAGUGUGUAGCUCAGGGAGGAGAUGUUGUUUGGGAAACAGAAUGAUAUCCAUGGCUUGCCAUGUCCCAUCUUGUGCUGGGAAGACUCUUGUACUGUUUACUGUGAACUUCUCUUAUGCAGGAAUAGAAGAAAGACUUAGCAAAACUGAGUUGUUUGACAGCAUCUGGAUGGAGCUUCAGUGUCUAGCUGUUGACUAUUGCUGUUUGUGGCUCUGAUACCAAGAGAGGUGCUAUGGGACAAAGCAGGAGUCUUAUUACCAAACACCCUUGUGUCCCUGACUUAGCAAUAUGUAACCAAGGUCAAAGAGAGCAGCAGGAGACAAACUUCCUCUCUGGAGCACUGUUUAGAUCAGAAUGAAGGUCACUCAGCUGAAUGCGUGUCAAUGCUCCACCUUGGGGGAGGGAGGAAGGACCCUCUUCUGCCUCUGGCUGAAAGUGAAGCCUUCCCAAGAAGAGUUGCUGUGUGCAGUGUCUCUGCCCUUGGUUGGAAGACACUCAACUGGAAUCUCACCUGCGUGCAGGUGUUGGGAGCACAGCAGUCUCAGCCAGUGUUCUGAGCAGCUCGUUGGGCACCGCCAGCUCCUGACGCCCAGGCUGGGAGUUCCAAGGGGCUCAUGAAGGGACAGGAUGGUAGAUCUGGAACCUUGAAAUCCUUUUUUCUUUAUUUGCCAAAGGUCUAACUUUGAAGUGUCAGAACAGUUUUUGCUGCACUUGACUGGCAUGAAAGCUCAGUUUACAAUGCACUGAUGGACUCUUUUUUUUUUUUUUUUUUUUUUUUUUUCCCCCCUCUCCCUUUUCCACCCUGUGCUUUCAGUGCCCCUGCCAUGGUCUUGGGAAGCUGUGUAUGUAUGUGUGUGAGAGAAAUACAUGGUACCUUCUGAAAUGUAGUUCUUAAAUACAACCAAUGCUGAACAACAGAAGUGUGUGGCUUUUAUUCUGUAUGAGUGCUGCUCCCUAAAGGAGAACGCCCCCAGGGAAGCAUCUAAUCAGGACUCCUGUGGGAAGCAACAUGGAGCUGUCCACCCAGGCUGGUUGAAGAUGGAGGUUAGAACUCAGGACUCUUUUACUUCAAAUUGUUUGAAUGAAUUCAGCGCAGGUGAAAGCUGCCUGAUUGACAGCCCUAGCCUCUGACAUCCUUUAUCCCUAGAGCAGGUGUAGCAGGAGUAAUAGCAGUGCAAGCUGGGAACACUGCCCCUCCAAGCAACUUUCCCUUGAUCUGAAGGAACCAUGCCUCUAAGAGUGAGAAGGGAGUCUAGUAUAUGCUGAUUUAAUCCUUAACCUCUGAGAGCACUGUCAAGUGUAAAUUGGUCCUCUGAUUUAUGGCCUUCAAUAUGGAUUCUUGUCCUUUGGCAACAAGCAUGAGAACUUUUCCCAGAGACCACCCAGUCACUGUCAAGUAGUCAUGACUGUCAGUCAGCACCAGCACGUGCUGGAGAUGCAGGUGCUGCGUAGAGAUGAAAAGCUGCAUAUCCCAUUAUCAGUCCCCUGAGCCAUCUCAUCCCCAUUGUGCAAUCAGCCAAUUCCUCACUUUAUUUGGUAAGCAGCAGAUCUGCACCUGGAGGUCCAGGUUAGUAUUUGUCUGUGGGAGCUUGCCUGCACAUGCUUCAGGUGUGCAUCAGUGCCUGUGGGUGUUGCCUUGUGUGUGUUACACUUCCAGGAAAUGAGUACAUACAGGCCUGGUAGCUCAUUAUCAACUGUUGUGUGUAUUCAGCCAUCAGCGAAACCUCAAUGGGUGGGAAUUAAUUUAGGUAACUACUGAGCAGGUGUAGUAAGCUGGGGAAGGGCUGGGUGGGCAAGAUCAGGGCACUUCAUGAAGGUGUCUUGGGAACUUCCCUAACCCAAUGUUCUGAUUGGAUUUUUGUGUUUAACCUGUAAAAGAAAACUGCAGAAUGGGGGUGGUGAGUGUGAUUGCUCUCAGGUAUCUCGGUACCUGUGUUUGAAUGAGAGAGAAUGGCAAAUAUGAGGUAGUAGGGGGGUGGGGUGGAGAGCUGGGCAGCUGGGUGACAGAGGUACUGGCAGUAGGUUAUUUGGUCUGAGGAGCUCUAGCACAGUGCAGUCAGGUUAUGGGUAUGUGUGAGAGUGCCUGGCUUGACCCUGUCUAGCAUCUGUGCUGUGAACAUGCUUUUUAUGUGAGUAACUUACUUUGGUGACAGGCCACAGUUCAGAAAUGUCCACUCGCCCUUUGGUGGCCGCUUCCAUCCACUGAACACAAAGCACCUUACAAACAAGCCUCACAACAGACCUGAGAGGGAGGAAUUAGUCCAUUUUUUCCAGAUGUGGAAACAGACACGAAGGUGAAGUGACCUCUGCAGAGUGUGUGUGUGUGUGUGCGUGAAAGCUCUGAGAAAAACACCCCUGAUCUGACUCCUGUGUGUUUAAUUUACAUCUUUUUCUUGUCUCUUCUCUAGUUUGCUCUUUGUCUUCACCCCCUCUCCCGCUCUUUUGAAGACAGAUUCUCCUAGGGAAGUGGAAGGCCUCCUUUUGGCCAUUGGGUUCCAGGGUGUAUGCACUUUCAUGGCUGAACAGUGUCCUGUAGAAAGGUGGCAGGUUGCUACUGCCUUCAUACAGAUGAACUGCCCUGUGGCUGGCUGCUUUAAGAGGCAUCAAGGGAGCAGGGAUGUCAGGCAGUGGCUUUCAAGACAUGGUGUGCAGUCCAUGGUCAUGCAGCUUUCCCAGCUCCCGUAGCUGCGGCUUUCUGCUUCACAGCUUAGUUUGCUGCCCUGAGCCAUUUGUUAAGCCUCACAGCCAUCAUGUGAGGUAGGAAAACUGUUUUCCUUCCCCAGGGCUUUCCUUUAGUCUUCACCUUUAUAUUUCUACAUCUCUGCUUCCCCCCUCUGCCUCCACCUCCUUGUAAGGAGGUUCCUGGUGCAUUUCGAUGCUAUUGGAACUCGCUUCCCUCCAGUUGAAGAGCUUGGCUUCUGCCACCAUGGUGUCUUGGGAAGUUGGAGGUCAGUGGGAAGCUUCCCUCUGAGGAGGCGAGCCGUCACCGCCUCCAUCGUGCAUUGUGUUGCUCUGCUGCUGCAUGGGACGGGCUCUGAGAUGAGCAAGGCGAGGAAGAAGGAGGCAAAGCUCUCGCUGUGGUGAACGCAUGCAAAGUAAGUUCUAAUUACUGCCUUGCAAGUCAAAUAUUUGUUGCGAGCAGAGGAUUAAUUGGCGGGGGAGGGAGCGGAAGUGGAGGCUCUCGGAGUGUAAGUGGAACAGAUGCCCGGACGCCUUGGGGAAACGCAGCUUUCCUCUACAAAUCAGAGCUUUAAAUUACAAGGCUUUUACCAACGAGAACAGUUGUGGGAAGUCGUCUGCUCUCAUUUGUGUAAUGGCUUCUGUCACUGGUGAUUAGACACAGGAUGAAGGAAAAGAAAUUUGACAAUUAGGAAUGAGUGAUCAUUAAUCAGAAUCUUUGUUAGGAGAUUGCGAGAAGGGAGGAAAAAUAUCCCACAAACAAUGGAAGCCACCAACUUGGCUACCACAGUGCCAGGCAUUCCACAGCAAGGCACCCUUCAGGCAUGCAACUGGGCAUGUCAGUGUUGCUCUACAGCAACUCCUCUGCCCAGGGGAGGAGUAGCAUUGAGGGGCUGUGAAGGGGACCACAGGCCUACUUCUGCUUGGCCAAAAACGUUCAGGGAAUCACCAUGUGUGAAAUCUUUUUCUUUGGUCAGUGCUUCCCAGCCAACUGCUCUGUAAGGAAGAGAUCACAUCACCAGUCCAUCUCCCUGCCACAUUCAGCCACCUGGACUCAGUUCUUAGGGCCCUGCUGCAAACCUCCAGCAAUAGGUGUGUGGACAGCUUAGCCUUGCAGAAAAUUUUUCCUAAAGCCUCACUCAGAUCAGUGGCUCACAAGGCAGAGAAGGGCCAGAGGGGUCUUGAUUAACACACGUAAGUUUAGGAUGGGCAACAUGAAUGCUGCUCAUGCUCCCUUCCUGACGAUGUUGCAGCAUAUGAGAACAAGGAGGCGGUUGAUGGAUGCAUGACAGGCAAAUAAAGAAAGCAAUUGUACCCACACAGCUUGUAGCCUCUCUCUCAUUCACUAGCACAGGACAUCAUCCGAUCACAUAGCAUCAAUGGCUAAUUUGACCAGUGCUCACUAAACUGCCCAUUUAUCUGCAUCUCCUGCAACCAUCUCCUUGGAUGCUGCCCCUUCUUUCAUGGAAUGUCCUCUCUGAACUAAUCCUUUAGGUUGCUGCACUCUCCUUCAGAUCUCUCCUCUGGACUCACUUCUGUAAUGCCAAGAAGAAAGUAGCUGGCAACUAAUGGGUAUGUGGAGUAGCAUUGGGGGAUAGCUAAUAGGUGCAUAUUUUUAAAAGCAUAUUAUAUCCUCUUGUAUAUUGUGAUUGUCUUCCUCCUCUUUGUAUGCUGUUUGUCUUGGAUUGUAAUUUCUGCUGUCUUCCUCUCUGUGUAGUGUGGGUGCUACUGGAGUACAAGUAGUAGCUGACGUUCUGGAUGCUGAACAAUAAAGGCUUUCAAAGCU